ACUUCUAUUCUCGACCGUUGCUCUCUCUCUCUCUCUCUGUACACUUAAUUGCUUUCUCAAGUCAGACUUGUCUGUUACAAUAUGUCAAGAUAAACACAGAGUAAGGAGAGGAGGAUUGUUUCAUGGCGAAGCGUUUUGUAGAAGAGAUUGCAUCAGAGGGCGACGAGGCUCAUCCCUACGCUUUCCAUGUCUCUGGACCUCGAAACGUUUCUUCUCCCAAUUGGAGAGAUCUCAUCAACUCUAGCUGGAAGGAUGCUAACUACAGAAGAACAGUCAUAGCCUGCUUCAUACAGGCAGUGUACUUGCUUGAACUUGACAGACAAGAGAAUAGAACAGAAGCAACUGCUCUUGCUCCAAAAUGGUGGAAGCCCUUCAAGUACAAGCUGGCCCAAGUAUUAUUGGAUGAAAGGGAUGGUUCCAUUUUUGGGGCCAUACUUGAAUGGGAUCGGUCAGCGGCUCUGGCUGACUUUAUUGUGAUAAGACCUAGUGGUGCUCCAAGGGCUGUUCUAGCACUCAGAGGAACAUUACUGAAGAGCCCCACAAUUAGAAGGGACAUAGAGGAUGAUCUCCGGUUUCUAGCAUGGGAAAGCUUGAAAGGGUCUGUCAGAUUUGGUGUGGCUCUGGAAGCACUAAAAACAACAGUGGAGAAACAUGGAAGUUGUAAUGUAUGCAUUGCUGGGCAUUCCUUAGGAGCAGGGUUUGCUCUCCAAGUGGGUAAAGCACUGGCAAAGCAAGGAGUUUUUGUGGAGACCCAUCUGUUCAAUCCACCAUCUGUGUCACUAGCCAUGAGCUUGAAAAGCAUUGGAGAGAAAGCUGAGUUUGUUUGGAAGAGAUUCAAAUCAAUGCUUCCUUCAAAUGCCGUGACCCAGUGUAAUGAAGAAGUCGAGACACAGAAGACUAGUGCUAUUGUAGGAGGAGAGGGAGGUGGAGAAAUGAAGAAAUGGAUCCCACAUCUAUAUGUGAACAACAGUGACUAUGUCUGUUGCUAUUAUACCGAUCCAGCUGAGACAUCGGCAGAUACUCAGGCUGGCAGUGCUGAGGCUUCUGGAAAAGAGAAUAAGGAUCCUGGUCAUGAGCAUGUAGCAGCAAAGCUGUUUGUGAUGUCCAAGGGCAAACAGAAGUUUGUUGAGGCUCAUGGGUUGCAGCAAUGGUGGUCUGAUGACUUGGAACUCCAACUGGCUCUCCAUAACAGCAAGCUCAUAACCAAGCAACUGAAGUCCUUGUAUACUCUUCCCCCUCCACCACCACUACCACCACAGAGCAAACCUAGAUAAUCCUACUACAAAUGUAAAA